ACUGCAUCUUCAUUCCGGUUUAAACGUGGUCUGGAGCAGGCAGCUGCGCGCUCGAACGGAAAAUGGUUGAUUUAUUUUCAGGGAAAUCCUCGGCGAAAGGGGUGUUGAUCCUUUAAAACAAAACGUUUGAUUCAUCUCCUGCGGUCACGUUUGUGUCUGCUUCCUGGGCCAGUGGAAUCGAAAGGACUGAGCAUACUGGUGCUGCUCUCUCAAAAUGCUUCAAUAUCUCUAUAUCUGUCGACAUGGCUACAGAGACAACUUUGAUGUGGCACAUCAGGAUCAAGACCACAUCGGUGGCUAUGGUGAUCCUCCGUUGACGCUGCAUGGCUUAGAGCAAGCCCAAGAACUUGCUAGCUUUCUCUCCGACGAUAAUCAUCUCUCAUCGUACCCGAUCCCUGAGCGAAUCUUCUCGAGCCCAUUUUACCGUUGUGUACAGACGUCGGUGCCACUUUUGAGCCGCCUACGGCAGAGAAAGCCAGUGACCGCUGGGCUGUCUUUAGAAAACGGAGUGCAAGAAUGGUUGCUCUGUGGCACAGAGCCGAUCCCAGAACCAGCUUCUGCAACCAUGCUUGCUGCUCAUCUGGGUCCGGAUGUCAUAGACCUCUCUUAUGAGACUACUGUGUACCCGUCAUCGCGAGGUGAAUCGGAAUCGGAUCUAAAGGCUAGACUGGGAGCCUUCCUAAAUGCUUGGAUACCGAAGAUCGAUGCGGCAGGUAUAAAGUCAGCCGUGAUUGUCAGUCACGCAGCAGCUGUCAUCGUCCUUGGUAGAUUACUUUCCGGUGACUCAGAUUUGCACGUCCCUACAGGAUGCGCAUCGACAUCCCUCUAUCGCCGAACCGAAUUAACGACUGCUCAAUCUCGCAGGAGUCUAAGUCAGGCGGCUACCCAAGAAAGCAGCGUAGCGAUAUCUCAAUGGGUGCCCGUAUGGCUAGGGAGGACAGACUAUCUGGGCCGAGGAUCUGAGCGAGAAUGGCAAUUCGGUGAUCCCCAUGUCUAACUAUACGGGCGAACUCGAUGAACCUGCCUCUGAC